GACCCUUGGAAUUCUUCAUCGAUUCACACCCAGAACUCUCUCCUUCCUCUUGUUCCCAAUGAACUGAGGCCUGUGAUACCAAUUCCACCGAACAUCCAUCCACCGCAUCGAAGGCCCUCCCUAGGAUUGACCUGAGGGCGCCAUCCAUAGACAUGUCGAACAAUGCCACCUACGCGGUGACGCAGGUGAAAACAACCUCCACGCCCUCCAAAACAACCUUCCACUUCGCCGCCGGCCUCUGCUCCGGCCUGACCUCCUCCAUCCUCCUCCAACCCGCCGACCUCCUCAAGACCCGCGUACAGCAAUCCCAAAGCGCCUCCCUCCUCCCGACCCUGCAAGCAAUCCUCUCCUCCCCGCACCCGAUCCGCGGCCUAUGGCGCGGCACCCUCCCCUCAGCCCUGCGAACGGGCUUCGGCUCGGCGCUGUACUUCACCAGCCUGAACGCGCUGCGCCAAGGGCUGGCCCAAACCCAGAUGCCCCUCGUCCUUGCCAGCCCCAGCAGCAGCACCCCCACCCCCAUAAAUAGCAUCACGUCCUCCACGUCCUCCUCCUCCUCCGCGCUCCCCAAGCUCUCCAACUCCGCCAACCUCGCCACCGGUGCCGCCGCCCGCGUCGCCGCGGGCUUCGUCAUGAUGCCCGUGACCGUCCUGAAAGUCCGCUACGAGUCAGACUUCUACGCCUACCGCAGCCUGCUCAGCGCGGGCCGCGACAUCGUGCGCGCCGAGGGCGUGCGCGGCCUGUUCAGCGGCUUCGGCGCCACCGCCGCCCGCGACGCCCCCUACGCCGGCCUCUACGUGCUGUUCUACGAGCAGCUGAAGCGGCAUCUGGCUGCGCUGGCGAGUAGUCGCGCCGCCGCGGCCGCCGCUGUGGCGGAGGGACACGACGGGCAACAGCAACAGCAACAGCAGCAGCAGCCGCUGCGGUCGCCGUCCUCGUCGUCCAUUAAUUUUGUGUCCGGCGGGUUGGCCGCGGGUCUGGCCACGGCGAUAACGAACCCCUUCGAUGCGGUCAAGACGCGCCUGCAGCUUAUGCCGGGCCGGUACGGCAAUAUGAUGCGGGCGGCGAGGCUGAUGGUCCGCGAGGACGGGGUGCGGAGCUUGUUCGGCGGGCUGGGGCUGCGCAUCACGAGGAAGGCCCUCAGCUCCGCGCUCGCCUGGACGGUGUACGAGGAGCUCAUCCUGCGCGCUGAGGUGCAGUGGGCCGCGCAGGGAGAAUCGCGCUCAUGAUUACCAUCACAAAAACAACACUUCGGCAGGGAGGUCUCUCCUCUUCAUUCAUCCACGGAAUCUCUUUACUUGUUACGAAUUAUAUAGAUGAAAGGGCUCGGCAACUCACUCACUCGCCGCACCCCAUGCAAAUGUAUCAUAUCAUAUGUUCAGCUUUGGAAGACCAGGAAAGGGAAAAAAAAAGGCAUUCAAAAUCCCAACUCAGGACAAAAUGGAAAUCAAGAAAAUA